UAUAAUUAUCCAAAAGUAAAUCUAAUUAUUUAAUAAAGGACUUCGCAUGAUAAGAGUCGAAAUCUGCUAUCCCUCUAAAGUAUUAUAAAAUACACACAGCAUGAAAGGGCAUGUUAUUAUGCAUAUAUUGGUUUCAUAGAUUUGUCUUUUUAUUAUUGGUGAGAAGCCGAUAUAACUCACAAGCUUAUGUAUCGGAGGUACAUGUAUAGUGAAACAUUGGUAUGAACGAAAUUUUCCUGUCCGCAAAUAUUUUUGAUAUUGAAUAUUGUGAUUCGUUGCGUCUUUUUUGACUCUGCAAAAUGCAUAUAGACACUUGAUACAUUUUCUUUUUUUUCGAAGAAAUAUCUGGAUCAUCAUGAGAUCAAAGCAGUACAUCUACAAAUAGCUCGAAAAAAUCUAGUCAACGUUUCUCGGAAAUAAAAGAUAACUCCUUCGUGAAACUUUCUGAAAAACUCUGCCAUUAUUUCUUCUACAACACACACUCAUCCAAAAAAAUUUUAAAGAAUCGUCCGAGCCUGGAAUUUUUCACAAUUACCUGAUUAGACACUCUCUUUUCGGUUAGUUUUCAACACGACUUCAACCAUUUUUGUAUGAAAAACUAUUUUCGAGACUAGCAUGAAAAAAAUGAAUUAAAUUAUAUAUAUUUCAGCGAAAAAUGUUCGCCAUUCAUGCUAUGUAUAUUUGAUAAUACUUUAGAUGGAUGGCAGACCUUAUCGUGUGGAGUUGUUUGCGAUCGAUUAGUGUAUGAGAUAUUUUAGGGUGAUGAUCUGUUACUUACAAUUUUACCUACUGGCGAAGGACCUUAUGCUGGUGGUUUAUUUGUACCAGAUUCUAUUGAAUAUCGUAAACAUUAUCUUGGUAAUCAAUUUUUACCUGAAAAAAUGGGUAAUUUGAAUAUUGGACCAAAAGAAACAAUAGGACCAAUAAGUAAUGAAAAUGGUUAUGUACAAACAUUUGAUGAUCCACGUCGAUUUAUUACAAGUUAUCAAAUAAACCAUUUUGAUAUGAAUCGAAAAGGACGUGAUCGUGAAGGUUAUGUUGUUGGUGGUAUUCAACAACCACGAGCAACUGGUUUUACGGAAAAUAACACAGUAUUUAAUCCAUUAGAGAGUUAUGGUGAUGAACGUGUUACUCAUUAUUAA